AUGUCGGCGACAACAAUUUUGACACCGUCGCCGAAUACAGUCUCGAAUACUCCGAACGGAGAAAGCAAUGGCAAGUGCAGUCCAGAACGCGUCAAGAGACCUAUGAAUGCAUUUAUGGUGUGGAGCAGAGAGCGGAGACGUCGCAUGGCGCAAGAAAACCCCAAGAUGCAUAAUUCUGAGAUAUCAAAGCGGCUAGGAGCCGAAUGGAAACAGCUAUCAGACGCAGAGAAGCGGCCGUAUGUGGACGAAGCGAAGAGACUGCGAGCCGUUCACAUGAAAGACCACCCCGACUACAAGUACAGACCGCGUCGAAAGAGCAAAACUUUAUUGAAGAAAGACAACAAGUAUACACUGUCGAUGCUCGGAGCGCAAGGUGGACCGCCUGUUCAGCGAUCAGUUGCGCAAAGCCCGGCCGAACAUUUUUCCCAACUGAAUGGCUUUACUUACGGGCCUAUUACGGCCUACAGCCAAAUGAAUGUCAAUGAUCCUUAUAGUAAUAUGUACGCUGGCCAUCCGCUUUCACCGCAUACCCCUACUCAACUUCAACCUUCUAAUGCUCUGCACCAUUCUGGAUACACUUCAAUGGGAGGUGGACAGAUUUAUAAUCCCGUGUCAACUCAAGGCCAAGUAUACACCUUGAAUGGGACUCAGUCGAUGAACUCGAUUACUCCUUUGUCAUAUUCGCAACCUAGCAAUCCUGUUCUCCUACCUAACGUUAAACAAGAAAUGCCUAGUCCUGGUUCGCAAGCUGGUCGCGGUCGUAGUUGCACGGAUCAAUUGGGAGAUAUGAUAAAUACAUAUCUACCUGGGGAUAGCGGAGCUCCAAACACGAAUCACCAUCAAGUCGGCGGUGCAAGCCACGUCCAACCAAAUCGUUACAGCCAGUGGCAAGAUCAGAUCACCGUGGCAAACAGUAUGCCUGUCCAUAACAGUAUUUCUAACGUUUCUGGUGUGAGCGGGACAAUCCCAUUAACUCACUUACCAUGA